GUCACGCUAUUAUGAUAUAGCUAUAUUUUUGUCAUCCGUGAUGUAGCUGACCCGUGCAGUUUACCACAUGUUGAUGUUAAAUCUAUUCUGUUCACUAGUUUUGUAAGGAGUGGUGCGAUAGUGGUUAUGGUAGUUUAUGAUGACAAAGUGUGGUUGUGAUAUCUGUGUUGCGUAGUUCUAAAUUCGUAGUACACAAAUGUUAUUAAUAACUAGCGUCAGAAUGAUGCUAAUACUGAUAAGAAUUCAUUAUUUAUAACCUCAUGUAUUUAUAGAAGUUGUCAUGGUAGAAAAUUAUAAUAUCAAUAAUAAUUUUAGAAAAUGAGCACUUCAGUACAAGCAGGUAGGGUUUGGCCUUGUAGGUUAGGUUGGUGCGUUUUUCCUAAAAGUUUAAUAAUUUCUGUCACCGGCCACAAUUUAAGCCAUUGAUUUUACUCAUCUGCCAUUGUACACAAUUUGACGAUUUUAUAAAAGCAAAAAUGUCAAAUGCACUGAUGCAGCAAUUUGUUGCGGGUCUUAAGUCCCGAAAUGCCGAGACUCGUUCAAAGGCAGCAAGAGACUUAUACCACUAUGUCAAGACAGAGCUUCGAGAGGUUUCUGUGGAAGAGCUCACCUCAUUUAUGGACGAUUUCAACCAUCAUAUCUUUGAAAUGGUUUCAGGAUCUGAUGUGAAUGAGAAGAAAGGAGGGAUUCUGGCAAUUGUUUGCCUGAUAGGUGCAGAUGUUGGUAACAUCAAUACUCGCAUCAGCAGGUUUGCAAAUUACCUGCGAAACUUAUUACCAUCAAGUGAUACUGGUGUGAUGGAAUUGGCUGCAAAGACAGUAGGGAAAUUGGCACUUGUGUCUGGUACAUAUGCUGCAGAAUAUGUAGAAUUUGAGGUGAAAAGGGCCUUUGAAUGGCUUGGUGGCGAUCGUCAUGAAGGCAAGAGACAUGCUGCGGUGCUUGUUCUUAGAGAAUUGGCAGUUUCUAUGCCAACAUACUUUUUUCAACAAGUUCAGCAGUUCUUUGACCUCAUCUUUAAUGCAGUUCGGGAUCCAAAAUCAGUAAUUAGAGAGGGUGCUGUAGAGGCAUUGAGGGCAGCACUUGUGGUUACCGCACAAAGAGAGACGGCCAAGCAGACACAGAAACCACAGUGGUGUAAGCAAUGCUAUGAUGAGUCCACAAAUGGAUUUGAUGAAAUAUAUACAAGAGAAAAGGGUGUCAAUCGUGAUGAUCGGGUCCAUGGUUCAUUGCUUGUACUCAAUGAGUUGCUGAGAUGCAGCAAUGCUGAGUGGGAGCGCAGCUACGAAGAACUGAUGGACCGGGUGCAGUACCAGCAAGGACAGCAGGCUAGUGACUGUAUGAGUUUGAUGCCCCAGCUAAAAUCACCACUAGUACUAAAGUCACAACAGGGCAAAGGGAGCCCAAUUGCAGUGUCAUCUCCUGUUGGGAACCAUCGACUAUCACUAUAUGAAAGUGCAGCUUGUCGACAGCUGAUGACUGAGCGGUUUGAUGAUGUAUGCAGAGAUGUGCUGAGCCAGCGGAACUCACGCAGCUCCCACGUCCAUCACACAUUACUAGCAAUACUACCAAGGCUUGCAGCUUUCAACAAAGAGAAGUUUGUUAAAGCACAUUUAAAUGUAUCAAUGCAGUAUCUUCUGUCAAACUUGCGAGGCCGUGAGAAAGAUCGCAGUACUGCCUUCACUACAAUUGGUUUGAUUGCUGUAGCUGUUGAGGAUGAUAUUAAACCAUAUCUUCCAAGGAUUAUGGAAGUUAUUAGACUGUCACUUCCUGCAAAGGAUACUCCCAGCAAGAAGAGAGGAAUGCCUCUGGAGCCAGCAGUGUUUGUGUGCAUCACACUGUUGGGGCAUGCAGUUAAAUUGAUGAUUAGGUCUGAUGUACGAGAUUUAUUGGAACCCAUGUUAGCUACAGGACUCAGCCCUGCCCUGACUACUGCACUUAGAGAACUGGCAUUCAGUGUACCACAGCUAAAGAAAGAGAUAUCUGAAGGCUUGCUAAGGAUGUUGUCACAUGUUCUCAUGCAUAAACCAUUACGCCACCCUGGAAUGCCACGCCACCUAGUGGUAUCAUCUGCGAGUUCAGCUGUGACAUCAUUGUCAUCGCAUGGGCUUGGACUGGAAUCACAGGAUGUUUCCAGCAUUGUGUUAGCAUUGAGGACAUUAGGAAGCUUCAAUUUUGAUGGUCAUUCAUUGCUACAGUUUGUCCGUCGAUGUGCUGAUCAUUUUUUGACAAGUGAACAGCAGGAAGUGAGGUUGGAGGCUGUUCGAACAUGCAGUCGAUUGUUAAGGCUUGCCCUACAAGGUGCCACCAGUCGGCAUUCAGACACUGUUACAAGUACAGUUGCUGAUGUGCUGGGGAAACUUCUUGUUGUUGGCAUUACAGAUACUGAUGCGGAUGUUCGUUACUGUGUACUUGAAUCACUGGAUGACAGUUUUGACAGCCAUCUGGCUCAAGCAGAGAACCUCAGUGCUCUCUUUGUGGCAAUGAAUGAUGAAGUGUUUGAAAUCCGUGAGCUUGCCAUUUGUACAAUUGGUCGUCUGAGCUGCAUGAAUCCUGCAUAUGUAAUGCCAUCUCUUCGGAAAACCCUUAUUCAGUUCCUGACAGAACUGGAACACAGUGGGAUAGGACGCAACAAAGAGCAAAGUGCACGCAUGUUGGAUCACCUGGUAGUGAAUGCCCCACGCCUUAUUAGACCAUAUAUGGAACCCAUUUUGAAGGUGCUUGUGCCUAAGUUGAAGGAGCAAGAGCCCAAUCCAGGUGUAGUGGUCAGCGUUCUUACUGCAAUUGGAGACUUAGCAGAGGUUAAUGGUCAUGAGAUGCAGCAAUGGAUGGGUGAAUUACUUGCAAUCUUACUGGAAAUGUUAGGAGAUGCAAGCUCUCCUGAGAAACGAGGAGUGGCUCUGUGGGCUUUGGGCCAGUUGGUGGGCUCAACAGGCCUUGUUGUGAAACCCUAUAACCAGUAUCCCACAUUACUGGAUGUUCUCAUCAACUUCUUGAAGACUGAACAGCAGCCAGUUAUUAGGCGUGAAACCAUUCGAGUACUUGGACUUCUAGGAGCGUUAGAUCCAUAUAAACAUAAGAUGAAUCUUGGACAGAUUGAUUACCAGGUGGAUUCCACAGCCCUUUUGUCCAUAACAGAUAACAAGACUGAAGCAGAGACAAACCAUGAUCUUACCACAAGUGAGAUGUUGGUGAACAUGAGUUCUUCAACAUUAGAAGAAUAUUUUCCUGCAGUAGCUAUCGCCACUCUCAUGAGGAUCAUCCGUGAUCCAACUUUAUCUCAGCAUCACACCAUGGUGGUUCAGGCUGUGACAUUCAUCUUCAAAUCCUUGGGUAUAAAGUGUGUUCCAUACAUUUCCCAUGUGAUGCCAAGUUUCCUAAAUGUGGUUCGAACAGCUGAUGUAAAUUUCAGAGAAUUCCUUUUUCAGCAAUUGGCUAUCCUGAUUGCUAUUGUUAAACAACACAUUCGUAAUUACCUUGAUGAUAUCUUUACACUUAUCAAGGAAUUCUGGACAAUUAACAGUCCAUUGCAAAGCACUCUGAUUCUUCUGGUGGAGCACAUUGCUGUUGCUCUUGGGGCUGAGUUCAAGAUUUACCUUCCCCAGCUCAUGCCUCAAAUCCUGCGAGUUCUGAUGCAUGACACCAGCAAGGAUCGAACUGUUACUAUUAAGCUGCUGCUAGCACUGCAGAAGUUUGGCAACAACCUUGAUGACUACCUGCAUUUGGUACUUCCUCCCAUUGUACGUCUUUUUGAUGCAGCUGACUGUCCGAUUGGCGUGUGCCAUGUUGCUCUUGAGACUGUGGACCAUCUGGCUGAUACUUUAGACUUUACUGACUUUGCAUCACGUAUUGUCCAUCCACUUGUUCGGACAUUAGACUCUUGCCCAGAGCUACGUACUACUGCGAUGGAAACUCUAUGUGCUCUUGUUGUCCAACUUGGACGAAAGUACCAGAUAUUCAUUCCUCUAGUCCAAAAAGUCAUUGUGAAACACAAAAUAAAUUGUCAACGAUAUGAAAUAGUGACUUGCAAGAUUGUUACGGAUACAACAAUAGCUGAAGAAGAGGACUACAUGUUGAUGAGGCACCGAUUAUCCCGGCACAAGAACAGAGAUAUUGCUUUAACAUCAUCUGAUACAACCACAAUCAAGAGGUUGCAUGUCUCACCCGCAAACCUUCAGAGAGCAUGGACAGCGACAAGAAGAGUUUCCAAAGAUGACUGGCUGGAAUGGUUGCGAAGACUAAGUAUUGAAUUGUUGAAAGAGUCACCAUCACCAGCACUGAGGUCAUGUUGGGCCCUAGCACAGACAUAUUCGCAGCUACCUCGGGAUCUCUUCAAUGCUGCAUUUGUAUCCUGUUGGACUGAACUCAGCGAGUCAUUGCAGAAUGAGUUAAUCCAAAGCUUGGAGCAGGCACUCAUGGUGCCAGAUUUGCCUGAGAUCACACAGACAAUCCUGAACUUGGCUGAAUUCAUGGAACAUUGUGAUAAGGGCCCACUGCCUCUAGACGCUCAGUUGCUGGGUGAGAGAGCUAUGCACUGUCGAGCCUAUGCUAAGGCACUCCACUACAAGGAGGAUGAGUUCCAUAAGGGUCCCAACUCACAGGUGUUUGAGGCUCUAAUCUCCAUCAACAAUAAGUUGCAGCAGAAAGAAGCUGCUGCAGGUCUCCUGGAGUAUGUGAUGAACCAUCAGGGUUCAGACCUCAAGGUACAGGAGCGCUGGUAUGAGAAGCUGCACAACUGGGAGAAGGCUCUUCAUUCCUACCAGGAGAGACUGGAGGAUAACUCAGAGGAUGUGGAUGUGGCGCUGGGACAGAUGAGGUGCAUGGAGGCUCUUGGUGAAUGGGGUCAGUUGAAUGAUGUUGCCACAAAGCAUUGGAAUCAUUUCAAUGAAGAUGGACGUCAAAGGAUGUCUCGUAUGGCAGCAGCUGCAGCUUGGGGUUUAAACCAGUGGGAUACUAUGGAGCAGUAUGUGAACUGUAUCCCUCGUGACACUCAAGAUGGGGCCUUCUACAGAGCUGUCCUUGCAGUUCAUAGAGGACAAUAUAUUGCUGCUCAGCAGCUUAUAGACUCUGCACGGGAUCUCCUGGAUACUGAGUUGACUGCAAUGGCUGGAGAGAGUUAUCAGAGAGCAUAUGGGGCCAUGGUCUCUGUGCAGAUGUUGGCAGAAUUGGAAGAAGUUGUCCAGUAUAAAUUAAUUCCAGAAAGAAGAGCAACCAUUCGUAAAAUGUGGUGGGAUAGAUUGCAGGGUUGCCAACAUGUUGUUGAAGACUGGCAGCGCAUUAUCCAGGUCCAUACACUAGUAGUCUCUCCCCAGGAGGACAUGUACACGUGGCUCAAAUAUGCUUCACUUUGCAGGAAGUCUGGUCGCCUGAUGUUAUCCCAUAAGACACUUGUAAUGUUGCUUGGCAUGGAUCCAUCACAGAAUCCAGACCUGCCAUUACCUGCACACCAUCCUCAGGUCACGUUUGCCUACACUAAACACUUGUGGAUGUCAGACCAAAGAGAGGAAGCCUACAGUCAGCUGCAUAGGUUUGUUCAGUCCUCUCUGCACCCUCAGACACUCCAGCUGAUUGGUCAGGAUGAAGAUAAACAACAAGAAUUACGCCGCAGACUCCUUGCAAGAUGUUACUUAAAGAUGGGUCAGUGGCAGGAGAGCUUACAUGGUAUCAAUGAGCCCACAGACCAUGAUGCAGCAUGGUACAAGGCCUGGCAUGCAUGGGCAUAUAUGAACUUUGAAACAGUUCUCUUUUACAAGCAACAGCAGCAAACAAAUGAAGUAGGAGGAACAGCUAACAGGGUCCAAGCUGAUACCAACCCAACUUCUCGUGCAGGACUUCCAAGUUCUAUAUAUAUAUCCCAGUUCACGGUGCCAGCAGUGGAGGGAUUCUUCCGUUCCAUUGCCUUGUCGCAUGGCAGUUCACUGCAAGAUACACUUCGGUUGUUAACACUUUGGUUUGACUAUGGUCAGUGGCCAGAAGUGUAUGAUGCCAUUGUAGAGGGAAUUCGUACAAUUGAAAUUGAUACAUGGCUUCAGGUGAUCCCUCAGCUGAUAGCCCGAAUUGACACUCCACGUGCCCUGGUAGGCAGACUCAUUCAUCACCUUCUCAUAGACAUUGGUAAACAUCAUCCACAAGCUCUGGUUUAUCCCCUGACAGUUGCCAGCAAAUCUGCCAGCAUGGCAAGACGCAAUGCAGCAAACAAGAUCCUCAAGAACAUGUGUGAGCACAGUCCUGUGUUGGUCCAGCAGGCAGUUAUGGUGAGUGAUGAGUUGAUCCGAGUAGCAAUUCUGUGGCAUGAAUUGUGGCAUGAGGGUUUGGAAGAAGCAAGUCGUCUCUAUUUUGGAGAACGCAAUGUGAAGGGAAUGUUUGACACCUUGGAACCUCUUCAUGCCAUGUUGGAAAGAGGUCCUCAGACCCUGAAGGAAACUUCUUUUAACCAGGCAUAUGGACGUGAUCUGAUGGAGGCACAAGAGUGGUGCCACCGAUAUAAAGUAUCUGGCAAUGUACGAGAUUUGAAUCAAGCAUGGGAUCUGUACUACCACGUAUUCCGACGAAUCUCACGCCAGCUGCCACAACUGACCAGUCUAGAGCUGCAGUAUGUUAGCCCAAAACUCCUAAUGUGCCGAGACCUGGAGCUUGCAGUACCCGGCAGCUAUAUCCCAGGACAGCCUGUGGUUAGAAUUGCACAGAUCCAGAGCUCAUUGCAGGUCAUCACAUCAAAACAGCGACCACGCAAACUCUGCAUCAAGGGGAGCAGUGGUCGGGACUACAUGUUCUUGCUAAAGGGUCAUGAGGACUUACGACAGGAUGAGAGAGUCAUGCAGCUUUUUGGUCUAGUCAAUACGCUUCUGCUUAAUGAUCCUGACACUUUCCGCAGAAACCUCACAAUUCAGAGAUAUGCUGUGAUCCCAUUGUCCACCAACAGCGGUCUGAUUGGUUGGGUCCCUCACUGUGAUACCUUGCACACGCUUAUCCGGGACUAUCGUGAGAAGAAGAAAAUUCUGCUCAACAUUGAGCACAGGAUCAUGCUCAGAAUGGCUCCUGACUAUGAUCACCUGACACUUAUGCAGAAGGUUGAGGUGUUUGAACAUGCACUGGAACAUACACAGGGUGAUGACCUGUCUCGCCUCUUGUGGCUCAAAUCACCGUCAUCAGAAGUUUGGUUUGACCGCCGUACAAACUACACACGCUCUUUGGCAGUUAUGUCAAUGGUGGGAUAUAUACUCGGGCUGGGGGACAGACAUCCUUCAAAUCUGAUGUUAGAUCGUCUGAGUGGUAAAAUUCUACAUAUUGACUUUGGUGAUUGCUUUGAAGUGGCAAUGACUAGAGAGAAGUUUCCUGAAAAGAUUCCCUUCAGGCUUACAAGAAUGCUUAUUAAUGCAAUGGAGGUGACAGGCAUUGAAGGAACAUAUAGACAGACUUGCGAGUCUGUGAUGGUAGUAUUGCAUCGGAACAAGGACAGUCUGAUGGCUGUGCUGGAGGCAUUUGUGUAUGAUCCUCUGCUCAACUGGCGCCUGAUGGACAGUGCAGCACCCAAAGCUAAACGGUCCAAGGCACAGACUGAUUCUUCCAUUUCAUCGUCCUCACAAGAACAUGGAGAUAUUUUGGAUAGUGGGGGCAGCCUUAGUGCUACUGUACCUAAGAAGGGAGCUCCUAGCAGUGUAGAAAAUGGAGGAGACGGCAGCCAACCAGAAGCUCUUAACAAGAAAGCAUUAGCCAUUAUCAAAAGAGUACGUGAGAAGCUGACAGGACGAGACUUCUUGAAUGAGGAGAUGCUGACAGUGCAGAAACAAGUAGACUUACUGAUCCAGCAGGCCACAUCCAAUGAGAAUCUCUGCCAGUGCUACAUUGGCUGGUGUCCAUUUUGGUGAACCCUCAUCAUAUUUUGUUUUCAAGAGAAACGUCUAGCAGAAGCUGCUACAUAUGUACAUAGUGUAAGAUGUAUAGGAUUAGGCUUGUCAACUCUUGAUUAUUCACAGUGAACAGUAGCAAGUUAGCUGAGAUUUGAGGCUCAUACAUUGAUGACUAUGAAGAUGGCUGUUUGUUGAGAUGUUGCAUCAUGUUGACAUUGAUUGACAUAUCAGAGGAACUUCUUCCUUCCAUCACUAGAGUGAUGAGGUAUUAAGCUCCUCUGAAAUGUCAGUCAGUAACUGCUAGACUAAACAGUGAAACAUCACAGCCAUCUUCAAUAGUAAGUUAUCUGUGAACUCUGCAUUCAUGUAAACUUUAUCAUCGUUGCUGCAUCCUUUUGCAUAUAUGAUAACAUUUUCUUCAGUGUUAUUAGUUAUAACAGGAACAAACAUGUGUUAUUUUAACUGAGAUCAAUCUCACAGGUUACACAAAUUAUCUGCCAUACCUUAAUAAUAAUUCGAAGAUUUCUGUCUUCUGGGUUGUUGCGCUGAAAUCUUCAUACUCACCGCUGUGAAAACCUCAAAUCUUACAUAAUAAUAAUUCCUUUGAGUUUUCUCAAAUGUAAUUAAAAUAUGGGAUAUACCCAUAUCAGGAUUAUUAGUGAAUAUAAAUUAUUUACUACUUUAAAAACAUACUUGGUAAAACCUAUUGAAAUCUAAAGAUGAAUGAAGUGUGAAUGCAAGAAUGAAAAUACUCUGCCUAUUUUUUCUAGGUAUAGUCUGGCAGCACUUUUAUUUGGUGCUUUACCAUCUUAGUAAAAUGUUAUUAGCAGACUGACUGAAAGAAUAAUAUAGGGUAAACAGAAAAAUCAUGAAAUUUGUGUAAUAUUUUGAACUAAUUUGUUAAUAAUUAUGUUUGUUUCUGCUAUUGGAUGGAAUUACUUCCUUUAAGUAAAUACAUAGGUAGAAUUGUUAACCUUCCUUCUCCUACAUUUUCCUUUCACACAGCUGCGUAAAUGUACACUACAAAUGAAUUUCAGAUAUAUUCUGGCUUUUUGUCACAUACUUCUAUGGGUUUUACUUCACUGAAAUUUAUAUUUUUGUAAAUAGUCAAGAGUUGACCAUUGUUAUUGUAAGUUAGAAUUAAAUUAACAAUAAAAAGAUUACACUUUUUUUACAUUCACUUUGUGUAGAUACUGGUCAUAACUAAUGUUUCAUUUGUGAUAAAAAUGCUGAAUGGCAUUAGCAAAAACAAGGCAUAUGAAAUGUAGAUAAUUUUACUGUUUGUAUUUCAUAUAUUUCACAUUCCAUGGAUGUUUCAUGGUUUGAAUUAAUUUUUUUUAUGUAAGUGGUGAUUUGUUUUGUUUUAGAACAAUAUAUUUGAACUGAUUAGGUACAUUACAAUAUCUAAACUUGUGACCAGGAGAUUGGUGAGCAUAGUGGAUAUAUUCCUCUUGAAAUUUUGAGUAAUAUCCUUAACUGAUGUUUCCUCUCCAAUGAGUUAUUAGCAUGUUGUGUGUGUGUGUGUGUGUGUGCACGUGCAUGCACAUGAAUGAGACUGAGAAUCCUAUUAUUGCUAUGUAAUUUCUGACCUUGUCACAUGAGUGUUACCAUACCAAUUCUAAUUGAAAGAGUUUAAAAAAGAUUCAUGGAUUCUUAUAAGAACUAUUAAGAUGUAAAUGGAGAUAUGGGUAGAAUUUUAACUUGGGCAUCCUGAAUGACCAUCAUCCUACAACACUUGUAUUCUGCAUGCAUUAUCUAACAGUCAACCCCUUCCAGUUAUGUUUAAUCUCUCAAAGCCCCUCUUAGUAAAACUGGAGGUUCUUGUGGUGGUGAGAACAAAGGUGGCGGCUGUCUUCUGGGUUAGCAUCAUCUAAGUUCACUAUUUUUCUAAGCAGUUAACAUACAAGAAAAUAGUUAUGCAGGAUUUGAGGUUUUCACAGCAGCAAUUUUCAAAUAUGUAUGCAUUGUGUAAAUAUAUAUAUUUGAUUACAAAGGCACAAAAAAUUGGCUUCUUUUCUCCCCACUGUCAAAAGCAGCAUAUAACAAACCUUUCAUACAUAAUUUCUCAUAUUUUCAAAAUAUAUCAUGUUCAGCAUAUAAUAUUAACAGAAAAAUACUAUGAAGAAACUUCAAGUUUUGAAUAUCAUGAAUUAAUCAAAUCAGUCAUGAUUAUGUACAAACAGUUCAUGGUUAACAUAAUACAGAGAUUGUUUUUGGAGCACCACUCAUUUAGCAUUUUAGUAAAGAAGAUUAUCUCCUUUACAUUGUUUCAUGUUGAUAUUUCUUAACACAGAUUUGGUAACAGUUAUAUUUCUUAUUUUAAGAAUUAAGUUUACUCUUUUCUUAGAAAUUUUAUAUGAAUAAAAAUAUAGAAGGCAGCAUUCCUACUGACAUACCAGUUAUUUAACAAACUACAUCAAAUGAAAGUCAUAAGUCAUUUCUGUUCUGCACCAAGUUGAUAUCACUACAUGCCAAAAGUAAUUUAUAAAGUUAUUUCAAUAAAAUACAUAUUUCUGUAUAUGCCCUUUUUAAAAAUUCUUUGGAAUACCUGCACAUGGAUAUCACAUGGUUACAUUAUGUUUUAGACUAUUAUCUCCAUAAGAGUAUUAAUUCUUACCAUUAUUAAAAUAACUUACACAUUGGUUGAACCUUAGUACAUGCUUACAAUUGGUAUGACUUAAUUGUAUUAAUAAUGUGUUUUAAACUGCAUACAGAAAGUAUUACAUUUAUAAAAGCAACAGGUCCUCUUCCAUUAAAGUUAAAUUAUGUAAGGCAAAUCAAAUUGCAGUCAAAAUAGCCAAGGAGUGAUCUGGAUCCCUAGUCUGUGAGAAGAUGUCUCACACAGUAUCAACUUUGUGAAUUAAUUUUUUGUCAGUUAAUAUUAUACAAAUAACUUCAUAUCUGCAAGGAGGUAUUGAGAAUUAUAAACUCCAGGAAUAAAACUGAGGUAGCACCUAGACAUCUUAUUAGAGUCACAGCACAUUGUCAUGUAGUGCUUUUUUGUUGCUGUUUUUUUUUAAAAAAUCUUAUUUAAUACAUAGUUUAUUCAUGCGAAAAGUUCAAUGAGGUGAGAGGAUGAUUGUCAGUAGCAAAUGGGGGGGUGCAAAGUAAGUUGUCAGUAUCAUUUACCCUUCAGUUUUUAAGUUUAACUGUAAAAUCUAGGAAUAUGUUAUUUCACUUAAUGUUAUAAGAGUGUUACAUAUGCAAAUUUUAUAACUAUUUAUGAUGAAGUAUCAAUGUGAUAAUUAUAUCAUGACUACUGUAGUGAAUAUUAUUUUCUGUGGCUUCCUUCACCAAGUGAGCCACAUGAAACACAAGACAUUAAAUGAAGGUAUCAGGUACUUAAUAUGCCUCUAAUUAACUCUAUGGAGCAGAGUCCUUUAGAAGCUCAUAGCUGCUAAGAUAGUAAAGACGCUACCUACAUUUUAUGGAACCUGGAAAUUAAUUACAGUGAUCACAAGGGCUUGUCAUUGUAGCCAAUCCUUAGCCAGCUGAAUCCAAUCCACAUCUCUUGACCAAUUAUUGUUCUUCAUAAUAUUCAGUUUUAGAAAUAUGAUAAAUAUAUGAAAAAGAUAUCCCCCUUAGCAGUCUUUUAUCUCUAGAGCAGGAAGGAUGAAAAUAAAUUGGAAGUAUUAGUAGUGUUGUAAUACUGUUCUAUGCUUACAAAAAAUAACACAGAAUUGACUAUUAUUUUUAUUAUUAUUAUAGCUUAAAAGGCAAACAAAUUUAUUUUCAUUUUUCCUUUGCAAAAUUACUAGAAAUUAUGUAACUGACACAGCACAUGUUCUUGAGUCAGUUCCAGUCCACCACCCAUCCUAAUAACCCAUUUACCUAAGAUUCAUCUUUAUGCUAGUCUUCUCAGUCUUCAGAGAGAUUUUCGCACAAAUUGUGUGUGCAUGCAAUAGCUCCCUUUUCUGAGCUACAUAUCCAGCCCAUACAAAUCUAUUUCUUAACACAAAAUCUGUAGUUGAUCUGUAUGAAUCCAAAUAAUGUUUGGCUCACCACCUUUUUUUCUUUUAAAGUGUUGAAUUAAAUUGGUUAUUUCUGUAGUGGGCACACAAUGGUAAACAUUAAAAAUGAGGAAAUUACUGAUGACAAAAUGUGGACAAACUUUUAAUGUAAUAUAAGUCAUGUAAAUGGUUUCUGUUUUGUGAAUAACUGUCACUGCCUAUUUUAUCAUGUCUGAUUACCAGCAUUUUUGUUAGAAAUAAAAAGCACUAUAAAAUUAA